AUGACUCUCACACCUGAGGCUUCUGGACGUGGACAUUGUAGAGUGUUGUCCUCUCCUACAGUUCAGAGCAAACCCAGUAUUUGGAUCCAUCAGCCAGACUCUGCCCAAAGUACUUCACCUCCAGUGCCAGGGCAUCCUCUCACAGAAUGGCUGGAAAAGAGUGUUUUCCCCGUUUUACUGCCUGGACUUGAGGCAUUGCAAAAUGAAUCUGUGAAACAAGGAUGCUUAAAGCGUAAAGUUACAGCAUUUAAUCCAUGUGACUUCCUGACGGAGUGGCUUUACAACCAAAACCCCCGUCGAAAAGGACAGAGGCCUGUGAGGUGGUGCGACAUCCCAUUUGUGAAGGAGUGGCUGAGCCUCCAUCCGAGGUCGCCCAUUCCUUUAUUUUUACAACUAAGUGAUGCAGAGGCCGCUCUCAUUAUCCAGGCGUUUUGGAGAGGAUACAAGGUAAGGGCACAGCCAGAGGUCCAGGAGCUCCGACAGUGGCAGAAGGAACUGAGGGAGAAUCAGGACAUUUUCAAAACAGUGCAAAGGUUCUGGGCCCAACAAGAGAGCAGAGAAGGUUACGGCAGACGGACAGGUGCAGCGCUCAACAGGUCAUGCAUCACAACAAGACCGUCCUUGACUGGGACUGACGCGCUAGAUAUUUAUUGCACCAUGGAGUCGAAUAACAAGCUCCAAGUGCAGAGGGCAAAGCUCGGCUCGUCUAUGGCUGAUCUUCCCGAAAGCCCUCAGCUGGAGAACUCGGACGUCUCUAUCCAGGUGGUGUCUCCCACUCCUCAGAGCACCGUGGUCCACACCCCCACCAUCCAGAUGACCCCUGGUGAGUGGCUGACCCCCAGUUUGAGGGGUCUGCCCGACAUCGGCUCUGCAGCUCUGAUGGCAAAGUUCACGGCGGCAGCUGAAUCCAGUGACAAAUCCCUGACGUCAGUUUCCCCCUCGUCACUGGGGGCUCACGGCUCAGAUGCAACACGUACAAACUGA